AUGGAAAGACACAAAAAUGAAAAUUUUAUUUUUUUAGAUAGUUUAAAUAUGCAGUUUACACGUAAAAAAGCAUGUUCUGUUCCUUACUCGACAAAUAAUUACGACAAUGGAGGUCGUAAAGAUCGUAAAGAUUUAGUUAGUCAGGAUUGGGGUUCUACAAGUCUUCCAAAAUUUGAAAAAAAUUUUUAUAAAGAACAUCCUAAUGUUAUAGCUAGAUCUGAAGCUGAAGUGGAAGAGUUUCGUAGAAAACACGAGAUGAAAGUUUUUGGUCAGGAUAUACCAAAACCUGUUGAAACUUUCGAGGAAGCAAAAUUUCCCGAUUAUGUAUUAAGAGAAGUAUUAAGCCUUGGUUUUCAAGAACCAACACCAAUUCAAUCUCAGGGGUGGCCAAUGGCUCUCUCUGGUCGUGAUUUAGUUGGCAUUGCUGAAACUGGGUCAGGUAAAACUUUGGCUUAUUGUCUACCGGCAAUUGUUCAUAUCAAUGCACAACCGUAUCUUGAACCCGGUGAUGGGCCCAUAGUAUUGAUACUGGCUCCUACACGUGAACUGGCACUUCAGAUUCAGCAAGAAUGUAAAAAAUUUGGUAAUUCAACGAACAUUAAAAACACUUGUGUCUAUGGUGGCGUCCCAAAAGGUCCUCAGACACGUGAGUUGUCUAAUGGCGUAGAAAUUUGUAUAGCAACCCCUGGUCGUCUGAUAGAUAUGCUUGAAACAAAAAAAACCAAUCUUAAGCGUGUCACCUAUUUGGUACUUGAUGAGGCUGAUCGUAUGUUGGAUAUGGGGUUUGAACCUCAAAUUCGUAAAAUUGUUGACCAAAUCAGGCCUGAUCGUCAAACACUUAUGUGGAGCGCAACGUGGCCCAAAGAAGUUAAAAAGCUUGCUGAUGAUUAUUUAAAAGAUUUCAUACAAGUUAAUAUAGGCUCCAUGGACUUGUCGGCUGGUCGUAACAUUACACAAACUAUCGAAGAUGGUUGGUCAGCUCUUGCAAUUCAUGGUGAUAAGGCUCAAAGUGAACGUGAUUGGGUGUUGGGUGAAUUUCGUAGUGGAAAAUCUCCUGUGAUGGUUGCUACUGAUGUUGCUUCUAGAGGAAUUGAUGUUAAAGAUAUCAAGCUUGUAAUUAAUUAUGAUUUUCCUACCAAUGUCGAGGAUUAUGUCCAUCGAAUUGGUAGAACAGGUAGAGGUGGAGCGAAAGGAUUAGCGGUUUCAUUUUUCACUACUGAUAAUGCUAGACAAGCUAAAUAUUUGGUAAAUGUUUUAAGAGAAGCUAAUCAGGAAGUUGAUUCGAAAUUAUUAGAUUUGGUUAAAUCUGCUAGUGGCAAUGCUAAUAAUGGUCGUCAAAGAUACUCUAAUAAUCAUAAUGUUGGUGUACAUCAAAAUAUUACCGGCACCAUUACAAAUAUAGAUAGCGAUAAUAAAAAACAAAAAAAAAUUGAUAGUAAAUAUCAUCGUAUUGCGCUUGGCGAUAUCACACCAAAUAAUUUAGGUCAGCUUAAACGUUUAAAUAGUGUAUUAUUUCCAGUAAAUUAUAGUGAAAAAUUUUAUAAAGAUGUAUUAGAAGUUGGUGAAUUUGCCAAAUUUGCAUAUUUUAAUGAUGCUUGUGUUGGAGCUGUAUGUUGUCGUAAAGAACCAAUUGAUGGUGGUGGUGGAACCACAACAUCAUCACUUGAUCAAUCAAAACUUUAUAUUAUGACAUUAGGAGUUUUGGCUCCAUAUCGUAAAUUAGGAUUAGAAGCUUUAGAUUUUUAUAAAAAAUAUAAGUUUGAAAUUACUGGAGUUGAAGAAAAUUAUUAUAAAAAAAUUACUCCAACAAAUGCAUAUAUUUUGAGCAAAAAAUUAUAA